CUCCACCACACUUCCGUCCCUCUCCGAUCGCAUCGCAUCGCAUCGGCACCGAAUCGCCUUGAGGCUCCCACCAGAAUAGCCCCGCGACAACGAGCUUCCUCGCGCGAGCGAAAGGAUCGCCCGGAAGCGAGGGACAUGGGAUCGGAUGGCCGGAGCUGGAGCGGGGUCGCCGGCGGUGCCGGCGGCGGCGGCGAGGAGAAGACGAGGGCGGCGCCGGCGGAGGUGCCCACGUCGGCCGCCGCGGUCGACAUCUCGCUGCCGCUCCCCGAGAUGACCCCCCGCGUCAUAGAUCUCUGCAAGGAGUUGGUGAAGGGGUGGUCGUCCCUGGACAGCUCGUGCUUCUCCAUCUCGACGGUGUCCGGCGGUAUCACCAACCUGUUGCUGAAAGUAUCUGUCAAAGAAGGCACGGAUAGUCAGUCUUCUGUGACUGUUCGGCUGUAUGGCCCAAAUACAGACUUGGUGAUUGAUCGGGAGAGGGAAUUGCAGGCCAUACCAUAUCUCUCAGCUGCAGGGUUUGGGGCUCGGUUACUUGGAGUAUUUGAGAAUGGAGUGGUUUCGUCAUUCAUCCAUGCUAGGACACUAACACCUUCAGACAUGAAGGAACCUAGAAUAGCUGCUGAAAUUGCCAAGCAGCUACAGAAAUUUCAUCAAGUAGAUAUACCGGGAUCAAAAGAACCACAGUUGUGGAAUGACAUAUUCAAGUUUUUGAAAAAAGCUUCCGUAUUGAAGUUUGAAGAUAACGAGAAGCAGAAGAGGUAUGAGACGAUCUCUUUUAGAGAAAUACAAGAUGAAGUUAAAGAACUUAAGGAUCUCUCCGAUCUUUUGCAUGCUCCUGUCGUUUUUGCACACAAUGACUUGCUAUCGGGUAAUCUGAUGCUAAAUGAUUUGGAAGAGAAGCUCUAUUUCAUUGAUUUUGAAUAUGGAUCAUAUAGCUACCGUGGCUACGACAUCGCAAACCAUUUCAAUGAGUACGCGGGCUUUGAUUGUGACUAUAACUUGUACCCAGAUAAAGAUGCACAGUACCAUUUCUUCAGGAAUUAUCUAUCCGAUAGACCAAGUGAGGUCCAAGAGCAGAAUCUGGAUGCCCUUUAUACUGAAACAAACACCUUCAGAUUGGCAUCGCACGUCUACUGGGCAUUGUGGGCACUCAUUCAGGCAAGGGUAUCCCCAAUCGAUUUUGAUUACCUUGGAUACUUCUUCCUACGGUACGGUGAAUACAAGAAACAGCGAGAGUUCUGUUUCUCCUUGACACAAGGCUUCCUUUCUUCACUGAGGAGUGGCUAGUGCUUGGAAGUUGUGUCCCGGAGCCACUUCUUUGCCGCCCACUUAUACUUUGGAGGCAAGCGCGGAUGAUCGGCUGCUGUAUGUGUUAAUUAUUAGCAAGUGUCGUCUUAUGAUUAUGUCAGCUGUGAGAUUCUUCCUUUUCCGCCUAUUUUCCUGCAGGAGGCAUGUAGUGCCCAAUAGAAAGUUGUACAAUCUGUGAAUAAUGUACACCUGUUGGUUGCUACAAACACAAGCCUAAUGAAUUCUGUUUUGUGUA